AUGCCGUCCGUCACAGCCAUCAGCGCCCCACCGACGUUCGUCUCCCCAGAGGAGCACCAGCAGCUGGUCGCAUCCACCCCAGACUCUUUCAGCGACAUUCCCGCCGUCCUCAGACACCAGCAGCCCGAUGUCGCCGUCACCCUCGAUCCUCCCCUCGAAGGCUUCUCCCCGCAAGACGCAGCCAACGGCGUUUUGACUCUGGCAUUCGUGUCAUCCACCGGAAAGGGCUUUGAGAUACAAUACCCUUCAAUAACACUCCACGCCAUUUCUCGCGCAGAGUCUGGCCCUUCUAUUUACUGUCAGCUCGACGAAACGGACGAGAACCAACACCCCCCGGCGAAUGAUGAUGAGGGUUUUUCUGCCAUGAGAGAAUUAAACAUCAUCCCACAGGAUCCUAACUCAUUAGGAGAUAUAUUCGAAGCCAUGUCUCUCUGUGCUUCACUUCAUCCUGACCCAAACAUGUCCGAUGAGGAUGAGGAUGAUGCCUUCAUCUCCAGUGACGGCAACUUUGAGACUUUCACUGGUGGCGAAGGCGAAGAACUCAUCUUCUUCUACCCCAAGGCUGCCCUCCAACAUCUUGAAUCGAUAAUCUACAAUCCCUUCGAGCGUACAGACGGCGUAAACGGUCAUGCAGACGAACCCGAAUCACACGAUCCUCAUUCAGAAUAA